UGCUUUCAAAGUCAACACCAGCUACCGAAAAACCCGAGGAAAAUGAACAGCUUCAAGAACUUCUGCCUUUGCCUGGUGCUACCUCUCAUGUGGACCUUGGUCUCAGCCAACACGCCAAUUAGACAAUGUGCCGACAGCAGCUAUCCCCAACCUCUGAUGGUGCAAAUUGACAAUUGCGACGCCUUGCCCUGCGAUUUGUGGAAGGGAACCGAGGCCAAGAUCGAUAUUCAGUUUGUUGCCAAUCGCAAUACUAUGAAGAAGUUGACGGCCGAAGUGCACCUGACCUCGCUGGGAGUGACCAUUCCCUAUGACCUGGAAGACUCCCGCGGCAAUGUGUGCACCAACCUGCUCCACGGAGCCUACUGUCCCCUGGACGCUGGCGAGGAUGUGACCUACCAGCUGCUCCUCCCGGUGACCAACAACCAGCCCGAGGUGCCCACUCGCCUGGAGGUGCGUCUCCUGGACUCCGAAAAUGAAAACAGCAUUGUCUCCUGUUUCCUGGCCGACACACGGGUCAAGAAGCCCAGUUCGGCAGCUUAGAAGAGUCCCUGCGAUAUCAGGUUAACCUGUAGAUUAGGCCGAGACAUUGUAUCAAUGUUUGGGCACUGGACACUGGCCGAUGCCAAUGCCAAUUAAUAGCGCGUAAGCUGUUGGCACUUAAGCCCGACAAACACUAUUAGCAGUUAUGAAUAAAUAA